GGCAGGGAGGACGACACAGAGAGAGAGAGAAGGGCCGCCCGCCCGCCCGUGGGACCAGGAGGACGAGGUGGAAAAGAUGCGGAAAAUCGGUUGAAGAGAAAAUAUCCUCCCAGGUUUAUCGAGUCUACCUACCAUGGGCGACAUGACCACUCCUGACUUUGAUGACCUGUUGGCAGCCUUUGACAUCCCAGACCUCGACCCAAAGGACUCCAUGGACUCGGGGCAGGAGGAGGCGACUGCGAAGCCGGCCGCGAAGGCAGCGGGCGGAGACGAGCCGGAGGUGGCCGCCGACGAGCCGGCGGUCAGCGUGAUCGUCAAGAACAGCCUGAGCCCCAGGAGCUGCGACGCUGCCGCUGCUUCCGCCCCCCCCGUGUCGGCGCCAGGGCCGCUCCCCGUCCCUUCCCGCGGCAAGGAGGCCCCCCACUACCAACCCAACCCCCUGCCCAACGGCUUCGAGACGGCCGCCGGACCGAGAUCCCCGCGCCCGGCGUCUCCGGCCUCCGACUCCGAGGGCUGGACGGAGACGCGGGACGGGGACGGGGACGGUGCGGAGGUUCCGAGCCCCCCACGCGCCGCUCCAAGCCCCCCCCUCCCCGAUGCCAAGUCGGACGAAGAGCAGUCGGACGAAGAAGAGGAGGAGGAGGGGGAGGAGGAGGAGGAGGAGGAGGCGAGGGGUACCCCCAGCUCCCCCCUCUUCCCCGAGGGCGAAACGAAGGGCGAAGAACGGCCGCCCUCCCCCGCGGAACACUGCCGGGCGGCGGAGGACGGGGAGAGGGGGAAGGCCAGUUCUUCCGACGAGGAGGAGGAGGAGGAGGAAGACUUAAUGGAGGUGUUGGCGGAGGAUGAGGAUGAGGAUGAGGAUGAAGAUGGGAAGCCGCUGGACGUGGAGUCGGAGAUGGAGGAGCAGAGCAGCGAGGAGCCGGGGGUAGUGGAGGCCGGGGACGAGAGCGGCAACGACCCUGCUCCAGCCGCCGACACGCCGGGUCCGGACCCCCCAGCUCCGGCACUCUCUCCCCGAAGGGACGAAGGCUCGGGGCCGAUCCCGGUCCCAGUCCCGGCCGACUGCCCGGCGGCCAAGGCCACCCCCCGCCCCUUCCCCUCGCCCCCCCUCCUGGGCCGGCAGAUCAAGAGGGAGCCCCAGAGCCCGGCGAGCGUCUCCAGCAACGAGUCGUCCUCUUCGGCCCCCUCCUCGGGGCCCCUCAAGGUGGGGAUCAAGACCGUCAAGACGUCGGGGGGCGGCAUCGUGCGAACGGUGAGGCGGGUGCCGUCCGCAGCGGCCCAGCGGCCCCCCGCCGACGGGGACACCGACUCCGGGGAGGUGAAGGAGGAGGGCCCGGGGGCCGCCAAGGGCCGGGAGGGGGCGGGGGUGGGGGCUGGGGCUGGGGGGGAGGUGAUCAGCCUGCAGCUGCUCAACGGAGCGGUGGUCAAGGGCACGGUGCUGCCGGCCUCCGCCUUCCACACCGCCAGCACCGCCAUGCUGAUGGCGGCCAGCAUCGCCCAGAAGGCCACCCGCUCCCCCGCCACCCCCGUCAAGACCGUGUCGAAGAGCGUGCACCUGGCCAGCCUGAACCUGGUGCCGCAGACGGUCCCGUCCAAGCCGGCGGCCCCCGGGAAGGUGUCAGCGGGCGCCGGCGCUCCACGCAACCAGACGCCGCUGGUGGAAGCCUUCCACAAGCUCCUCAACGGGAAGAACCCACUGCCCACGUACAGGCCCAACCUCAACCCGCCAGCCGACAGCUGCCUGGCGCUGCCGCCCAGCGGCUACCGAUGCCUGGAGUGCGGCGACUCGUUUGCCCUGGAGCGCAGCCUGGCCCGGCACUACGACCGGCGCAGCAUCCGCAUCGACGUCACCUGCAACCACUGCGCCCGGCGCAUGGCCUUCUUCAACCGUUGCAGCCUGAUGCUGCACGCCCGCGAGCACAAGGACAAGGGGCUGGUCAUGCAGUGCUCCAACCUGGUGAUGAAGCCCAUCGCCCUGGAGCAGAUGGUGGGGCAGCCCGACGUGCCGGCGGCCCCCUGCCCAGCGGCAACGCCAAGCGCCAACACUGGCGCCAACACCAGCGCCAGCGCCAGGGCCGAACAACCCUCCCCCGUCCUGCCCCCCUUCCCCGACCCGGCCCUGGUGGAGUGCGACACCUUCACCUGCAACGAGUGCAGUCUCCAGUUCCCCGACAGGAUGGCCCUCGCCGCACACUUCCAGCUCAGCACCCCCAGCACUGCCCCACAGGUGUGCCAGCUGUGCCAGAUGUUGCUGCCCAGUAAGUGCAGCUACGUUGCCCACUACCGGCUACACAAGAGCAAGUCUCCAUACAUCUGUCCCGAGUGUGGGGGGGUGUGUCGGGCCGCUCACAUCCAGACCCACGUCAAGGACGUCUGCUUUCAUUUCACCCGCAAGGUCGGAUACAAGUGCCCCCAGUGUGGGGUGGUGUAUGGGGGUGUCACCUCCGUCAAGGCCCACAUCCAGGAUGUGCACUGUGAGGCUUUCCACAAGUGCCCCAUCUGCCCCAUGGCAUUCAAGUCUGCGCCCAGUGCCCACUCUCACAUCUACACCCAGCACCCGGGCAUCAGCAACCAGCAGGCCAAAGUGAUCCACAAGUGCGCCAUGUGCGACACAGUCUUCACCCACCAGCCGCUGCUCAACACCCACUUCGACCAGCAUCUGACCAAGCAGCGGGUCAGCGUCUUCAAGUGUCCGCAGUGCCCCGUGCUCUUCGCCCAGAAACGCACCAUGGUGGAGCACGUCAAGACCAACCACUCGAGCGGGGAGGAGCGAGGAGGCAUCGGAGAGCCGGCCGGCAGCGGCAACAACGCCGGCAGCGGCCACAACAACAACGCAGGCGGCAGCGGCGGCGGAGACGCCGGAGGCGGAGCCCAGCCCCAAGCCCAGCGCCGACUCGACGGACUCGCCGACCGACGAGUCGUCCUCCAGCCCCAAGGCGGUGCUGAGCCUCCAGCGCAGGAAGGAGAUGCGGCUCAGCUGAAGAACGCGGGCUGGACCUGCGGCCAAUGUCAGACCUGGUUCCCUGAACGCGAGGAGUACAUCACACACAUGAAGAAGGAUCACGGCAAGGCGAUGAAGAAGUUCCCGUGCCGGCUCUGCGAGAGGUCCUUCUGCUCGGCGCCCAGUUUGCGGAGGCACGUGCGGGUCAACCACGAGGGGAUCAAGCGCGUCUACAGCUGCCGGCACUGCAUCGAGGGCAAGAGGACCUUCAGCAGCCGACUAACGCUGGAGAAACAUCUUCAGGUCAUCCACAGCAUCAACAUGGCCGACCACGUCCAGGACCAGGAAAACCUGUUUGAGCGAGUCAGCAUCAAGGUGAGAACGGACCACUCACUCCCUGUCUGUCUACGUCUAUCCGUAAGCGAGGCGGGGCGCUGGAGCGCUGGGGUUCGGACGGGGCCAAGCGGCGUCGCGGUGGCGGUAGCGGGAGCCCCACCGUACCGGUGCAUGAAGUGCGGUUACACCACGGGCAGCUUUGCCGACUUCCACCAGCACAUCCCGCAGCACCGGACCGGCGGCUCGUCCUACCAGUGCCGGCAGUGUGGCCUGUGCUUCGCCGCCCGCCCCUCCCUGGGCCGGCACCUCUUCAUCGUCCACGGGGUGAAGGAGUCGGAGAGCGCCGUGCUGGCAGAGCAGGCCGCCGACACCGACGCCGUACAGCUGGGCGGUGGCCAUGUCAUCUGUGACGUCUGCGGGAAAACCUUCGACAACGAGCCCCUGCUCAAGACUCACUUCCGCACCCACGGCAUGGCCUUCAUCAAAGCCAAGCAGAACUCUCGUCUGCCUCUAA